CCUUAAAAUGGCACAGAAUUUGGCGGUAGAUUUGAUGUUGAGGACUUUGAUGAGUUCCCUUGAGUUCAGGGAAUCAGAAAACAAAAACUGGGAAGGAGUAGCCAAGCUAAUUCCUGGAAGCUCUGCACAACAGGUUUGUAUUCGACCGAAUAGUUAAUAUAAAUGUAAAUAUAAUAAUUCGUGUGUUGAUUGCGCUAAUUGAAAUGAAACCUUUACAAAAUCUACUUAGAUCCCUUAAGUAAUUUGAUAGAAAUGGAUUUGAGGGAAAGCUUUCGUAGAUGGACUCAACAGUUAAUGAACUGGUAAUUGUGUCGAUAGCAAAAUCUGUAAAUCUGAUUGGUGCUUUACACCUUCAAAGGUUCACUGGCUGUUGCACUUCAGUACAAACUUGUUUGUUUUACUGCUCUAAUCACAAGCAUUAGUACCAAGAGUACUCUAUUGUUUUUGUCAUUGUUUUCUUCUUACUCAGACUUAUCAGGAAGAGGUUUUUAUCUUGAUCUAACACAAAAUUCUCACAAUUAAUUUACAAGGAAAUGUGUAGCAGCUGAAGAGGAGAAUUGCAAAUCAGAUCUUGGGAAUUAAAGUGUUAGAGGUUGUUAACUUGAUCUAAUGCAAAAUUCUCACAAUCAGUUUACAAGGAAAUGUAUAGCAGCUGGGGGGGAGAAUUAACAUUCAGGCCUGGUUGUUCAAAGCUGGGUUAAGACAAACCAGAGUUAGUGUGAAAUUUGAUUUCAGGUCUGAAAGCUUUAAAAGAAAAUUUGGUUCAAAUCUUUUUGCCUGCAAUUUGAUCAUUGGAUGUUCUAUAACGAACAGGAAAAUUCUUCCCUAAAAGGCUUUUGAACAGAGAAAUAAAGAAACCUCAGCCUUUAAACAACUGGGUCUUGCAGAUCUUGGAAAUCAAAGGGUUAUAUAAUACAAAUGGUAAAUUGAACCACUUUUUUCAGUGUGCAAAAAGAUGGGCAGAAAUCCAGCAUACCUCAACUUCACAGCAUUCAUCUUCAGACUCCAGUCCCCUCUCCAAAUUAUUAAACUCUGUUUUGCAUUUUGCUGAUGAAAAAGAAUUAACAAAUGAGACUGUGCCAAAGGACAUAGUAAGGAGCGACUCACAAUCAGCUUCAGUUAAAACCAACAGCUCUAUAGGUCAACAACUUCAAACCAAUCUGGAAGCAGGUAUAUAUAGGGUAUAAAUUUUAGCUCUUAGAGUAAAUUUUGUAAGUAAUUCAGUUUUCAAAAGUUUUGUUUCACUUUGCUCACUUUGAUUUGUCUUGUAAACUUAACCCUUAACCCUUUCACUCCCUAGAUCUCAUUAGUAAUUCUCCUUACUGUCUGCCAUACAGUUCUGGUGAUGUUGGUUUGGAGAAUGUGGUAUUGGAUCAACUUCUAAUCCCUUAAUUUCUAUUUUUCUUUAUUCUCAUCACUUGUCUGCUUGAUAUUGUAUUGAUAUUGUAAAGAGAAAUUGUGUCUUGGUCACUCAUGGGAGUUAAAGGGUUAAUGCCCUUACAUUGAUUAGUAUCUAUAUUCUCCAUACUCUUCUUUAUGCAUUUGCUUUGUCACUGACAAGGAGAAUUUGUUUAACAAUUAAACCUUCUGAGGUUGAUGGCAAUCAUUUCCUUUAUCCUCAUUUUCUUAACCCUUUACACCCUAACAUCAGUAUGCAUAUUCUCCAUACUGUUCUUUAUACAUUUCUUAAGGUGCUGAAAGGGAGAAUUCGUUUAACGGUCAAGUGCUUCUGUAGUUGUCGAUCAUUUCAAUUAUUCUCAUGACCUUAAUGUUUGAUUCAGGUGUGAUUCUGUAAGGAGAUAUUAGAUGCUAGUCACUCUUAGGAGGAAAGGGUUAAUGAAUGAAUCAGCAGUAUUACUGUAAAGAGAUAUUAUAUGCUAAUCACUCUUAGGAGGAAAGGGUUAAUGAAUGAAUCAGCAGUAUUACUGUAAGGAGAUAUUAGAUGCUAAUCACUCUUAGAGAGAAAGGGUUAAUGAAUGAUUCAGCAGUAUUACUGUAAGGAGAUAUUAGAUGCUAAUCACUCUUAGAGAGAAAGGGUUAAUGAAUGAUUCAGCAGUAUUACUGUAAGGAGAUAUUAGAUGCUUGGCACUCUUGGGAUUUAAAGGGUAAGCCACCCUCUGAACCAAUCAGAUGCAAAAUCACCAUCAACUGUUACUUGGUCAGUUGUAGCAUUUUUUUUAGAUGAAGUGCACUUUAACAGGAGAAUUAUAAAUGUAACAGUGCCAUCCAUGGCAAUUUAUUCAAAGGUUUUAAUGUACAUGGGUGUAUAUACCUAUACCUAUAUAAGAACUGGGCCAAAUAGACCAGAUAAGCAAGAGUCUCGAUAAUAAAAAAUAUGAAUAUCAAAUUGAGCCAAAAUAAAAGUGAAUAGAUAUUAUUUAAUCAUUAUUACUCAAGAAUAAGUUAGAGUACAUUUUCAAAUUGUCAUGUGUCAUUGCCAAAAUUUGUUAAAGUAUUUUCAAAAACAUUUAACAACACCCAUGUUUUACAACCCAAAAUUUUGAUGUUACUCAGUUUGUUUAAUAAGCUGCUAAAGUGUGUGUAGGUCACUAAUUCCAUCGUUCUUUGAAGCUGCAUUAAAUGUAAUAGCAUCAAAAUUGUUCGGUGAAUCUACCUUGUUUUGGGUCUUACAAAUCUCAAAUGUGUCUUUAAUUAAUAUUCAUGAAAACAGAGAACAAGUCAGGAUAAUCGAGGGUGAUUCAGGAUAACUGAAAAUCCAGAUGAUCGAGGAGAAUAAUCAGGAUUUUAUUGCAUGAUGUGUAUUUUUCUUAAAUUUAAUCAUGAACAUAGAGGUUGAAAAAGAGUGGACUUAAUCUACAUUGUCUUCUUUUUUUUUCAUGUUAUGAUUUGUGUGACUUGGACAAUACUCAGGACUUAACAAAAGGUAAUCAAAUUGAAUACAACUGAUAUGUACAUAUAUCAUUUACCAGCACUAGCAAAUUGGAUGGGUCAUGAAAUAUUACUUUGGAUUUUUACCUUGAAUAUUGAGAUAAAAUCACUUCCUUUUAGGACAUCAAAGGUAACUUCCUUUGUAGAAAGUGGCCAGUGCUAGCGAGUUGGAUAGGUCAUUAAAUAUUACUUUGAGUUUUACCUUGAAUAUUGAGAUAAAAUUACUUACUUUCAGGACAUCAGAGGCAACUUCCUAUGUAGAAAGUGGUGAAGAAUCAUUGUCAAAGCAGGUACCAACUUAUCAACUGAGGACAGACUGCAUUUUGAGAAACUUUUGCUUUUUUCUUUUUACAAUUUAUGUGAUUCUGAUAACUGUAUUGUUUAUUGUUUAGAAAUCAGUUCUCAGACAGCCUUCAAGAUCGGCCUUGUCACAAGCUUCAAAUCUGGAGUCAUUACAAGGGUGAAUGUCUUGUUGUGGUUAACUAAUAUUUAGGAGAGUUUUUUUUAGUUUACAUCGGUAACGCUAAGCUGUGACUCUUCAAGUUGCCAUGGCAAAUAGGAAAAUGCUUUUGGCAACUGAAUUUGGGACAAAUAUUAAGGUGUGUCUUGUAAUAGUUAGGAUAAAAUGUAGCACCUUGUUUCAUGUAUUUUUGAGGCCACUAUUCAGCAAAUAAAACAUUUUUUUUCCUCUUGAUUUCCUUUUUAUAGGCCUAACAUGGUUAUCCAUGUGUGUGAUGAAAGUAAGAACUGUAAGUAGAAGUCUUCUCUACUAGUGUAAUCUAAAGUCACACGCAUCGUAACCCUUGACACCCUGAUCUCUACACUUAUUUUCCAUACUACUGUCAAUACUUUUCCUUUAAUAAUGACAAGGAGAAUAUGUUUAAUGAUCGAGAACCUCUCAAGCUAGUGAUCAUUACCCUCUUCUCAUUACUUUUAAUUAAUGUUUGAUUUAUUGGUGAUACUGUGAGAAGAAAUUAGAUGUUGGUCUCUCUCAGAGGUUUACAAGUUACACUUUGUAUUUUACAGAUUAACAGUUGAUUGCUUGGUUAAUUGAUUUUAUUAAUCUAUUAAUGAAUAUCACUAAUUUUAAACAUUUAUUUUUCAGUAAAACAAGACUUCACAUGCCCAAGGGACUUGCUGAUAAGUGAGAUGAGAUACUUCGCAGAGUAUUUGUCAGUGGAAGCCCAACGAUGGGAGGAGGUUGACAUUUCUGUUCAUUGUGAUGUGCAGAUCUUUGAUUGGCUGAUGAAGUAUGUUAAAAGACGGCUUCCAGAUAAGAGCAAAUCCAGGACUGAGGAAAAGAAACCCAAACUUGGUGAGCCCCCAAACUUUUUUUUAUAAAUUAACCCAGAAGUGAUUAACACGUAACUUCUCCCUAUAAUACCCAUAAAUUAUCUAGCAAACAGGUAAUGAGAAUACUCAAACUUAUCAGAUAAAAGUUGUUAUCAUGAUCUAACACCAAAUUCUUGCACAAAUUUACAAGGAAAUACGGAGCAGCCAGAGGGGAGAAUGAAUUAUUACAUCUUGGGGGUUAAAGGGUUGAAUAGUGCUAAUAAAUUAGAGUGAAUUAUGAUUGAAGUGAUUGUCACCUGUGAACUGUGAUCAUUAAAGAAAGUUUUUUUUAUCUAACAUAUUCGAUGAUAAGUGUCAAAUGGUAUUCUUAAUUUUUAUUUCAUAAUAUGUGACUCAGGUUUAUGUACCAGUAUCUGAUAUAUGUUAGUAUUGAAAGUGUAAAACCCGUUGGAUACUGAUGUGUUUAGUUCUUCAAUUUUCUUUCUUCUUCUUACUCAUUAAUUAGUUGAGGAAGUUUUAGAAUAGUUUGACAAAUCUCACCUGAAAAUGUUUUAUUUCUUUUUUUUUUUUUUUUUUUUUUUUACCCACAGAACCAAACAAUGUCAUAUCCAUCUUGAUAUCUUCAGACUUCUUAAAGAUGGAUGCACUGGUAAAUAUUGACUUGUUUCAGGCAGGCCCUCAAUCAUGAAGGUCCCUGUGUAAACCUGCUUGCAGCUGAACUGGGUCAGCCUGAUUAAACAUUGGCAAUAAAUAAUUCACAAAUUUCAUUACAAAACUUGGUUGUGCCAAUUUUUGCAGCCAGUAACCAUCCAAAUAGUGGAUAUUUAGUUAAUGGUAGAAGUCUUUUCUUCGCCUUAGUUUGUAGUCAUUCAACAUAUAAUUAUUAUUAAAAAAUUGUGCAAUUUAUUAAAAUGUUACCAAACCAAUUAAACUAGUCUGUUUGAGGAGAGAGGUUAGUUUAAGCUUUUUUGAAAGUUAGUUUCAACUCCACAUGGUGAUAGGAUGCCAACACUUUGUAGAAAAAAAAAAUGACUAAAUAAGCUGUAUAAAUGAAUAACCACAAAAGUUGUACAUGAAACUACUAUAACUAAAUUUAUGCAGAUUCUAAGUUUGAGGCAUGCUACUAAGAGAGUUCUUUGCACAAAGUAUUUUAAUAGCAUGGAGUUAUGGUAUACAACAGCACUUAAGGCCUCUGAUGCUAUCUGUUAGCUGAAAAAAUCAAUAUUCUCAUUUUUUUGUGUCUAUCAUGAUAGGUAACCGAAUGUAUCCGCUACUGUCAUCAGAAUAUGUCAGCCAUCGUAGCCACGCCCUGUAAUAUGAACUGUAUUAAUGACAAAUUGGUCACUAGGUAUGUGAUGAAAACAAAGAACUGAACCAGUGGUUUGUGUGUGUGUGUAGUUUGUGGGCAAUACUAUGAUCCUGUUCUUUUGUAAUAUUUGAAAAGCCUUACAUAUCUACAAGUAGUGUUUUAGUGAUACAUAAAAAACUUUUUUUUUUGUAGUAACAGUGAAAUACAAAAACUGCUUGGUUAUUGUAUGACUGAGCUCAAAAUUUUCCAUCUUUUUAUCCUAUCCAUCUACAAAACACUUUUGAAAUUGCUCCUCAUAGCAGUUUGCUGGACACUUGUCUCAUGUGAACGGACUAAUGAUGUAGAUGACCAGAAAAGUACUCAGUACCUCAGUGAGUGAAAUUCCAAACGUUUGAGGUUCUGUAUCUCGCAAGGGACUCGAAUUUGUGAGAAAAAAAACCAACAUCUUUCUUUAUUCUUUCUAUUACGUACCUUUCAAGAGAUCUAUUGAGAGACUGAUAGAGUAUUUUGAACUGGAUUAUUUUCUCAGAAUAGCAAAGCUGUUUAACCAUAAUGAAUUAGAAGCAAUCAAGGAUCGGAAGGACAAAUUUAAAAGGUGAGAUGUCAUUUUCUGCACAUCACGAGAGUUGACAGAAUAGUGUCCAUGGAAAGAAACGGCUGGUGAACAACACCUAUAUACUUGGUCCUUAUAUGGGUAUUCACAGAGAUAUGACAGAUAUGGCGUUAUUUGGUUUUUACGGUAGAACCCCACAAACUCGAACUCCUAAGAGAAACAGAAAAUGGUUCGAGUUAGCGAGCGCUCGGGUUAACCGAGGUUCGGGUCAAUGGUUCGAGUCAUCGGGGUCGUAUUGUAAAACCAAAUAACGCCAUGUCUGUCAGUGUAGACAAGUUUGUGAAAAGAAAAAAAACUGUGAACUUAAACUUUAAAAGUAGGAAAAAAUUUCCUGUCAAUGCAAGACAAUAAAACCUGUGUAUGGAAACAUACAGUGAAGGAUCGAAAGAGUCUACCCUCAAUUUCAACUUCAAAGCAAUCUCACACUUGAGAAUUAUGUGCAAAAGGGAGACCCAGAGAAGUAGCGUCCGUGGCAUUUUUUACAUUCUGUGGCUUCAACUAAUUGUUUUAUUUUUCUACCGAGGAAAGUCGUAGCAAUACGUUUGUGCUUGGUAAUGUUGUUAUUGUUUUGACUGCAGCAAACUGUUUUGCAAGAAAAUCGAAGAGCUGUUUGAUCCAAGGCUUCAAUCAAGUUCAUCCGCAAAUGCCAGUACUCUUUUCAGGUAAGGGACAGGAAAUGUUUGGUAUUUUUUGCAACGUGUACCUAAGCAGCCAGUCAAGCGGUUUACAGGGACCCUAUAACAAACUUUUGAGGAAACAUGGCACAUUUUUCAUACCCUUUAUGAACAUCAUAAACUAUUUAUGAACAAUUGAAGUCUUCCAAGUAUUUCUAAAUUUUUUUGAUUUGACAUAAGCCACGCACUUAGCAAUAAAGGCCCGGCCAAACGCACGCAACAUUUCAAUGCAAAAUCUUUCAACAUUGUUGCGCGCAAACGUGUUGCACACGUUUGGCACACGUUUGGCCACCCUACAGCAACAUGUUACAACAUGUUGGAUGGUUUUGGAUCAAGUUCUGGAUAUUGUAAGAUGUUACACACGUUAGGCCAACUCCUUCACAGCAUCUCACAACACGAUCCAACACUGUUGCAAGAUGUUACGUUAAAAUGUUGCGUGCGUUUGUCCUGUCUAGUACACUUCUAUUUUGUAUUUUGAAUAUCUUUUCAAAUGAACAUACUUUAGAUGCAUCGCUUGUGGAAGACUUCUGACAGCAGAAUCUCAAGGCAAACUACGAUGUGUUCCUAACAGAAUGAUGGUGAAUCAUCGAGGAAGAGUGUCUUACGUCCAUUCACGGUAAAACAGCAUUUAUAUAAUGAGCUGAAUGACGCGCGCGUUUUUAUCGGUUCUUAGUUAUGACCUAUUGGAGGACAGAUACAUAGGUGACAUCACCACUAACAAGUUAAAUUCAAGAGUUUUCAUUGGCUCAGUCAUCACGGGUUAUGAGCCAUUAUACCGUGCGCACACAUGAAUACGAGUUAAACCGGAAGUGCUUUUGGACAUACUACAACCGGUUGUUCUUACAAAGUAAAUUUGGGAAGAUUUAUCUAAUUUUGUGCAUUUGAAAUGAAACAAUUAUUCCACGAGUGCGCGUUGGUCAUGAAAUGAUAUAUAGCCAACAAGGCUCGCAGGGCCAAAUUGGCUUCAAUAUUGAUAUCAAUGGCAAAUGAUCAGUGUAUACUGUUCCUGAUCACGUAUGUACUAGCUAGAAACGUCCAAUAAGGACACAAUACAUCAGAAAGUCUCAGCCAAGUUUCUACUGAGCUUUGUCAAGUCUCUAGAGCGUUUUUAAUGAAAAAAAUUCUUUCACUCGCGCUUGUUGGAUAUGAGGGUUCUCCAAAUUUCUUCUAGAUAGAAUAACUAUUGAGGCCAUACCAUAGCUAUGUGUCUUCGUCUCCUACAGGGACUUUACCUGGGAUGUGAAUGACUACCUUCUUGGAUUAAGAGAUGAAGUUAAAUCUUGGAAAGAAGUUUACUGGAGGUAAGAUUCCCUUUGAUUUUAGACUACGAGCAGACCCGCCUUUUCGGCGAAGUCUGUCGCACGUGUCCGAAAAAAUAAGGACGAACAAUAAAAAUUGUGAUUAGCGCGCCCCGCGGAACAAUUCUUGCUUUUCGUGCGGCGCGCUAACCAAAAUAUUUCUUAGUUAUCAGUUUAUCACACGCUAACAUAUUUGUAUUGUUUUCUACACAGAUUAUGGGGUGCAGUGAAUGUCCUCUAUUGUCACCGCUGCGGGAAUUAUUUCCAGUGCUCAGAGCUGGGUCACUGCAGCUAUCACCCGAUGACUGUAGAUUUUGGAAACUUGGAGUGCGCAGCGACCAAGAUAGUUGGAAUAUAUCCCUGCUGUCAGCAACGAGUAUUGCAUUUUGAUCCAUCCCUUGAAGGCACUGUAAGUGAAUUGCAUCUAAGUUGUGCAUUACUUUCGAGUGGUAUCUGCACUAGUUUCUUACCUAGAUCUCUCUUGUGUGCGAAACCGAAAGUGAGCUUGCGAGAGGGAUCUGGGUAUGAAAUUGAUGAUCCACGAGACCCAUGUAUUUUCUCAGUUUACUUAUGAGCCUUUGAUAUAUCUCUCAGUUAGUAAGUGGGCUAGGAUUGGUCAAUUUAGCAGGCCGUAUUUUACCGUGCAGCCGUCUGAAUUCGAAGUUUCGUUUGAAUUGGAAUCUCCCCCUCCAUUUGAACCCAGAGAUGGAAUAGGUAUGUUACUAACCUUGUUUUCUAGUUCCUAGAUGUAAGCUAUGGAUUCUCGUUUUUCCGCUCGGAUUUAUAAUCCGUAACUUAUAGAACUCGGUUAGUAAGAAGUAUUUAAGCGCUCACAGCCUAACAGUACCCUUUGUCGACUCUGUUUGCGAUGCAUCUGUUAUUUUUAACUUAACAGGGCUGCUGUGUGCGUGAUCACAAACCAACGUUAAAUAAACCAGUUUCGAACACAGCGGAGAACAUGGAGAACUCAGCUGAAUCGAGCGAUAACAAGAAAGAUGACAACUUAAAAGCAGAAAACAGCGAAGGAAAUGCAAAGAACGAUAACGACGAAGGUAUUUACAUAAUCAAGAUUAAUUCAAGGGUUUUACUGAAGGUACACUGAGCUUCUCAGAUUUCAUUAGUUUUCAAUUUGUCUUCCAAAGUAAUUUAGGUUUUCUUUAGGCUUUCUCUACUAAGUGGCCAAUGAAUAUUUAACCGAUUGUUGAAUUAUUUGAUAGACUGAUCGAUUAAUUUACGACUGAGGACCUGAGGUUCGGUUCCUAGUGGAGUUCUCGGAAAUUUUUCUUCGUCUCACGCCUGUGUAUCUUUUUGUUUUCAACAAGUAAUUCUAAAAUUUAUUAUCUUCGCUUUUGUACGCACAUGUCUUCCUUAUUUUCUAUAGGAAAAUCAUCCCAACCGGAGAAAGGAAAGUCAACAGAAGAGGAACAGAACACUGAGCAAGAACCCGAUACUGAGGCCUCUGAAAAGUUACCUUCCGAUAAAAAUUCAGCUUCUAACGAGGAGCCAGCAAUCACCAACAAUCCAACUGUUGUAGAAGAUAUGUUUGCACAUAGGAACGCUAUCUGUAUACCAUUCCGCAGAUUAUCAAGUGCGAGGUGAUUACAGGCAUCGUCCGCGCUAUGUUAGAUUUAUAGGCGUUAGGUAAAUCAUUGGAAUUAAUUCAAGGUGUUUCUUGCACAGUGAAAUAACUUGGCCAGGAUUCUUGGAUUUCUUGUUGAUCGUCCUCAUGCUACAGUCCUUAAUUAUCCUUGUUGCCUCUUGGUGUUUGUAUACCUCAACAAUUUAUUACAUAAAGGCUUCCUGAUAAUUUACCGAAUAGAGAAAUUUUCAAUUUUCGCUUCGCUCUGUGAUUGGUCCAGAAUCCUCACGCCACUCUCUGAACCAAUCAGAUGCAAAACUGAAGCGCCAAUGGCAACUUGGUCACUCGCGUUCUCCCGCGCUUUCAGUAAUUUUGCUUGUUUCUAGUUUGACUUCUUACUGACAACAAGAUAUAUUUUCCUCUCUUCUUGUUAGGUAUCAUGAUUACACUUUACUUUAGUUUUGGUCCGACGACAACCAAUCGAAAAGCGCUUUAAAGAAAGAUUGAUAAUUCCUAAAUCUUUUUCAUUCAGACAUCUUUCAUUUCUCGUCCAUCAUUCAACUCUUCAGAAGAAUACUUAACAAAGCCCAUUGAAACCUUUUUAACACGUGAAUCGACAGGUCUUCCGAAUUGAAUGUAUUUGGUGUGGAGGAGUUAGCUUUAGCGAACAUGAAUACCAGAGACCUGGAGGUAAAAUAAUGCUUUUCUUUUCUAUAUCACUUAGCAAUUGGGUUAUGUUGUUUAAGAACUAUUGUAGGCUUGAAUCGUUUCUUUUUGUUUUGUUCCACAGAGCAGCACGAGCGCCCUAUCGGACAUGAUAGACCCAAGUGAACGAAAAGUUUUAGAAUUUCCUACGGUUGGUGAAAAAAAUAUAUUUUAUUACUCUGGAAGUAAUGCGAAGACUUGCACUAGUGUAAUGCAUUCCAAUCGGGUGUUAUAAAGAAAAAGUUACCACACUAGCUAAUUAGAGUGAGAAGCCGAGUGUAGGAAAGCGUAGGAAAGCAAAACCCAUACAAUCCCUAUUUACUUUACCUCUAGUUGGGAGUUUCGGGGAAUUGGUGUUAAUGGGCGGGACUCUUUGGCAGGAUACCCUGUGCUGGGUUAAAGUGGGAAGGGAGGGGGUAGCGGGAAGGGGGAGUAGCUGAGUUUGCAGGAUACCAUCAUGGUACUCCCUCAUCUGUUUCUGGAAAUAACGCGAAGCUGUUUCCUGUUUCUUCCUCCUGACAGUACCUACCCUCAAUAAGGCGAAGCCGAAGUCGGUUGGUCCAUCGUAGCUCACUGCGCAGAAUGAAGUUUCAAGCUGGGAACAAGGACGACGACUAUGACCUGGGAGAAGACGAAGAUCAACCGGAGUCAGAGGACAAUGAUUUGGAGCAAAAACGUGAGUCACUGACCCGUGUCUUCCAUGUGAUCACCGUAAUAUCAGUAUGUACAUUUUCCAUAUUGUUCUUUAUACAUUUCCUAAGGUGCUGACAAGGAGAAUUUGUUCAACAAUCACUGAAAUUUUACUUUUGAGAAGAACAACGAAAAAAUACUUUUAUUAAAUGAUCGUUUUCAGAUAAUUUUUGGAAUCAACUAGGAGUUUGCCUGCGAUGGACUGGAAUCCCGUUUUGUCACAGAAAAGAAAUUUAUUGCGAUGUUAUUUUCCCUCCCUUAAACUUUAUCUAAAAUUUAACCAAGGCUAUCCAUUUAAUUUUUUUCCUAGUCUUAUCUCGAGAGAAACCACGACCUCCGAGAAAAGUCACCUCUGCCUCCAGGAAAGAGUAAGUAAGAUUUUUACUCUGAGCCCCUGGAAUAAUCAGGGUAUAAGUUCUUGAAGAAGAGACUGUUAAUACUGAUUUGGAAAAUUACCUUAGCGACACGAGCCCUAUUAUGACAACCCCUUAGAAGCGUUAUGGUCAUUAUGUAGAGCCUGGGGGAAGCGGGGGAUUUUGUUUGUGUUAUGAUAAAGUUUACCUGAUCCCCCACCCCUAAGGCUAUUUAAUACGUAAUAUCUUAUGACUCCCCCUCUAAAUGGAAUUUUCUGCACCCCCCCCCCCCCCCCCUCAUGUGAUCCCUCCAAAAUCCCAAACCCCCCAAUGUGAUCACUCCAGAGUCCAAAGACCCCCCCCCCCCCCCUUUCCCCCUCCCGGGGAUGAAUAAUGACUUGUUCCUCAAAACUAUUGAAGUCGAUUUGUAGGUUCGUUCUUCAAAUGGGAAUAUUGUCCUUGUAAAGUUCACCGGCGAUUCCGUGACAAUUUCAUUGAUCACUUUUAAUUUAAGUUUCAGUACGUUUAAAAGUUACAAGUGGGACUCACAACGUUCCGUUCGCUGGAACCAGGAUGCACAGCGCGAAGAAGAUCAAAAGCGCAUGACAGAGUUGGUUUCCUAUUUGGCUCGACAGCGGGCUCACACGCCACAAGAGAAAAGCGAUAGCAAACAAAAACCAAAAGAAGUAAGACUUUCACGAUGGGACAGGAGCCUAUCAUUAAGUAAUGAGCUCCUGGAUGGGAUUAUCAUUGUUUUUUUGGUGCAGUGCAUUCUUCAACAGGCAAUUUCAUUCUAAACACCAGUAAGAGAUUUUACAGCCAUUAAGUUAGCUCAAUCUUUAUCUGUCUUGUAGUUUGUAGGAGGCAUUUUCUCUAAGUUGGACAUUCAGUUUCGUGCGUCACAGCAGGCCGUUGUAUCGAAGACACAGUCCAGCGGGCCACCAACAGGAAACAGGUACGCUCAAGUCUAAAGAACGUCACUCAAAAUGUGAUAGUCUCUUACAGUGAUCAGUCCUGUCUCGCAACGAUACUACUGUAUUUGGUUGGGACACUAGCCGCGACGAGACUAAGGGCCUGGUGCCUGUUGAUUAGUGAAUGAUACAGGCCAGCUUGUUCGAAAUUGGAUGACGCUAUCCACUAAAUAAAUCCCAAUAUGGUGAAUAGUGCUGUACGUUUUCUUAAGACUUAUCCGCUGGAUAGAAUUAUCCACCCUUUAAAUAGCCUGCUUAAGGCGUUCAGUCAUUAAAAGCCGGAGCGAAAUAGUGAACGGCGCGGUAGAAAAUAUGCCCUGUUUUUCAACAUAAAACGCCUCUCGGAACGGUUCAUUGCAUGACCCAUUUUAUGAGGUUGGAUGGUUUACUGGUUUGUAACUGUUCUUUCUUAUUUGUAUUUCUUGUUACAGUCAAAGAAUUCGAAAGAUCCAACUGAAAGUAACCACGUGAUGACAUGAAAACGAAAUACAAUUUGAAAGGCAAUUU